AUGUCGCGUCUAAGAGAUAGGCUCCGCUUGGGUCGGAGCCCGGCUCUUGGUGCCGGGCCCGGGGGCGAAUCGCCCGCCACGCCGGCCGAAAGCAGCUCGAAUGUCGGCUCUCCCCAUGAGGGGCUGCGUCCGGUGGGGGCCGCCGCCACCGGGGCCGAGACAGCGCCCAAGUCCCGGAAGAAGCUCUUCGGGUCUCUCACGCCGCGCUUCCGGGAGUCCCCGGCCUCGGGGCCGACCGACCGGUCGCCCAGGCCGCCGGCCGACGAGGCAGGCGCCCGCACACAGCCACCCACCCCGGCCCCGGAGUCUGGGCCCGUGUUGCUGCAAUCCCCGGCUCCGGCGGGCCCCGGCGCGGCCAUGGCCAUGGCGCAUGAUGUGGAGCCACUGCCGCCGACCCCGACGCCGCCAGGGACCUGGGCCUCGCAGCCGGCCACGCCCCAGCACCCGUAUCAUCCGCAACAUCCCUAUGCCCAGGAUUACCCCCUGACAGAGGUUCCCCACAUGGGGCAGGAGCAGCGGGCCUUCCCGCAGCAGCCGGCCCAGCAGUCGCACUUCCACCAGGCAUUUGCGCCGCCGAAUCUCCACCAUCCAGUCGCCACGGGGCACUAUCACCACCACCCCCCCCCCGGGCACCUCCCCCCGGCAGGCGGCGACCCGUACCCCUACGCACAGCAGCAUGCCGCCCCGCCGCACUUGGCCAUGCCCAUGCAUCCGGGACAGGGGUACCCCGCAGGGCCAGGCUCUGCGGCAAAUGGCCCGAUGCCCCAGCCGCCGGUGCAUUUCGCCGAGUACCGGUCCCUGACGGAGAGCACAUACAGCCGCGAGCGCGACAGCAUCCUCCGGGACCCGAAUGAGAUGAGCUUCGUCCGGCCGGUGGCCCUGGACGAGGAGAUCGCCGCGGCGGCCGCAUCCGGCCGGCGUCUGGUCGGCGGCCCGCACCCCGGCGACCCGGCCAUCGGCGCCCCGGGCAGCGCCCCGGCCGAGGGGCGAAAUUUGCGCGAGAAGUUCCUCGCACGCAGGACCUCCGCGCCGUUGGAUGCCCUGCAGCUGGAGCCCGGCCCUGCCGGGGACCCGGGCAGCCACCCCACUUCGUAUGGGCACCCUGAGGCCGGGCCCUACCCGCCAUCGGGCCCGUACACCCGGCCGCAUGGCAUGGCAUUGGCCGGGGCGGUGGAGGCGCCGCAGGCGCACCCGGCCCCACGGCCGGGCCCUGCCAAUGGCGCCGGGCCCGGGCCCGGCCUCGGCCAGUGGAAUCGCAAGGGGUCGCGGAGCACAGACCAACUGCUGUUGGCCCAGGUGUCGCCCCCGUCGGCCGCCCUCCCCGGGCCCGGGGGGCCCCAUGCUGACGGGCAGCAGCUCCGGCUGCGGGAAUUCCGCACGCGGCUGCUGUCCGGCGACCAGGACACAUCCCUGGCCCCGGGGCACCGGCUGGCCGGCGAUGGUGGCGGCAGUGAGGCGGCUCGCCGCGGCGCGGCCACGGUCUCCGUGGGACCCAGCGGCUACCCGACCUUCGGCGGGCCGCGGGACGCCCGCACCGGCUCCUUCGAUGAUCCCCUGCGGGAUAUGCUCAACUGGGCGGACGUCAGCCAGCGCGGGGCGGCCGGCGCGGCCGCCGCCACCGCCACCGCCACCGCCACGACCCCCAUCAGCCCGAGCGCCGGCUCGUCGAUCUUGUCGCCGACGGCCGGCGGCCGGGCGCCCCCGGUCCCGGCUCCAUAUGACCCGGUCUCCGGGACCCCCGGCGGCCCGGCCUACCCCCGGCCGGCCGCCUGCCCGGGGGAGCAUCCGCUGCUCCACGAGGCGGCUCUCCUGCCCCGGGCCGAGGUGGAGCUGCUCCGCUUGCAGGACCGCUCCCCGGCGGCCUAUGGCGAUGGGACGGUCAUUGCCGUCAUCGACACCGGCAUCGAUCCCGGCGCUCCGGGGCUUCAGUAUUGCGCCGUCCCGCGGAACUCGGCCUACCCCCGUCCACCGAAGAUCAUCGACAUCAUCGACUGCAGCCGCACCGGGGAGGUCCCCCUGUCGUCGGUGGUCGAGCUGGACGCAUGCCCGGCCGAGCCCGGGAUCCUGGUCACCGUAGGCCUGACGGGCCGCCAGAUUCGCCUGCCCAGCAGCUGGGGCCUGGCCCGGGGCAGCCCGGUGGCCCUGGGAGUGGUCCGCGCAUGGACCCUCUUCCCCCGCUGGGCCGUGCGCAAGGACAAAGAGGACCGCGCCCGGCGCCGGACGCAAUUCGCUUCGACCGUGCUGUCGGCCCUUUGCCGGCUCCGGUCGCAGGUCCGUGCCCGGGGCCGGACUCAGCGCAUCGAUGCCGAGGAGUUGGCAGACGCCGCGCGGCAGCUCGUGGAGCUGCACCACCUGUUCGCCAAUCGCGGCGCCUCGGAAAGCGCCCGCCGGGCCGGGCUCCUGGACCCGCCGGUGCUGGGCCCCGGGGCCGGCGGGGGCGGCGGUGCCGCCGCCCCCGCCGCCGCGGCCGCCGCCGUGCCGCCGCCCGGGACACCCACCGCCGCCGAGCUCCUGACCCAGCUGGAUGCGCUGGAGCAGCUGGUCGAAGCCACGGCCCCCGCCGACCCGGGCCCGAUCAUGGAUGUUGUGGUGUUCCGGUGCUCGCGCACGGGGCUCCUGCGUGCCGUGGUCGACACCACAUGCACCGGCAGCCUGCUCCAGCGCAUGCCGCUGGCCAGCUUCCGCCACGAGCAUGGCUUUUCCCAGCUGGCCCCGGCCGGCUCGGGGGACAUCGGCCGCGCCAUCAACUUCACCGUGGACUUCGGCGACUUCACCAGCCAGCCGAAUGGCCUGGCCCCGGGGGCCGAGGCGGCCCUCUCGCCCAUGACCCCGGGGCUGGCGGAGGAUCCGCGGUCGCCGCUGCGGCCGGCGGCCCUGCUGGCCAUGGCCACCCACCCGAGCAGCCCCACCGCCCGGCCGGGGGGGGACACCGCCGCCGGGGCCCUGGCGUCGGACCUGCCGGACACCGUGUGCCUGGUGACGGCGUCCAGCGAGCAUGGCACCAAUGUGGCCGCCCUGCUGGCCGGGCAUCAUCCGGAUGCGCCGGCGCGCGGGGGCGCCGCCCCGGCGGCCCAGCUCCUGUCCCUGCGGAUUUCCCCCGGCCCGGCGGCCCCGUACACCGGCCUGCAGGAUGAGCCGCCGGCCAGCAGCGGCGUCUGGGUGGACGGGGUGGAAUGCUCGCGCGCCGUGGCACGCGCCGUCCGCCUGGCGGUGGCCCUCGGCGCCGACAUCAUCAACAUGUCCUACGGCGAGGAGGUCCGGUGGGGCCCGGACUGCGGGGCGACCGGGGCCGGCCCGGCCGCCGGCACCCCGGCCGCCGGGCUGUAUGCCGCCUUUGCCGAGGCCCGCCGGGCCGGGGUGCUGGUGGUGUGCAGCGCCGGCAAUCGCGGGCCGCUGAUGGGGUCCUGCGGGGCCCCGGGCGGGGCCUACGGCGCGGCCACCGUCCUCCCGGUGGGCGCCUACCUCAGCAGCCAAAUGCAAGCCCUCACCCAUGAGGCCGUCACCUCGGAGCUGAACAUGUGCUCGCGGCCGGCCGGCCCCGGGCCCGGGCCGGGCAUCUACCCGAAGCUGGCCGCCUCGCCGGGCCCGGAGCCGGACAUGGACCCGGACGACCCGAUGGCCCGGCUGCUGGAGCUCGAGCGCGCGCACCUCAGCCAGGCCACCGUGCCCGGGAGCCCGGGCUGGGAGGAGGACUUUGCCCAGCAGUGCCGCGAUGGCCUGGCCCCCGGGGCGGUCUUUCCCUUCACGGCCACCGGCCCGGCGGCCGGCCCGCAGUUUGCCCAAGGCCCGGGCGUGGUGGCCCCGGGCAUGGCCCUGGUCGGGGCCGGGCGCUAUGGGCUCCUUGGGCCCGGGGCCUCCAAUGCGGGCCUGCUGCUGCGCGACCCGCUCGGCACCACCGGCGGCUUCUUGCUGAAGAGCGGCACCUCGAUCGCCGCGCCGCUGGUGGCCGGGGCGGCCGCCUGCCUGAUCAGCUUCGUGCGCGGGACGCCCGAGCUGUCGGCCGGCCGCGGCGCGGGCGCCGGGCCCGAUCGCCACCUGCAGCCCGGGUGCGCGUGCUCCGGCCGCGAGGCGGCCAACACCCAUGGCCUGUUCGGCCGGCCCCGGGCCCCGGGCACCUGUGGCGAUGCGCACGGGCGGCGGCGCUGCCCGCGUGAGCGCGUCCUGCCGGCGGUCCUGCGCCGGGCUCUGGAAAACACCGCCCGGCCGGUUCGAGGAGCUGAGCGUCUGUCCCAGGGAUGCGGCUUGAUCCGUGUCGACCGGGCGGCCGAAUGGCUGCUUCAAUUCGUCCGGCUGGGCUGGCAUCCCCGCGAGGCGAUCAUGACACUGCCGGACCUGCGCCACGCACGAUCCUUGGUUUUGCGCCUGCCGCCGACCAGUGCCGACCUCCUGGGGCCGGUGCGCCAUCGCGUCCGCCUGGCCGGCGCUGGGGCCGACCUUGCCGGGCAUGCCGAGCCGCAGGAGCCCUUCUUGGCGGCGCAAUCGUCGGCCGCAUGGGUGGUCGUGCCGGAGCGCAUCCGUCUCCCCGGCCCGGGGACCGGAGCCACGGACGCCGUGUUUGACAUUGUUGUCGAUGCCAGUCCCCUCGCACCGGGCCUCCACUCGGCCGAGGUGCUGGUUUUGCCGGGCACGCGGCCAGGGCCGGGCAUCCAGCACGGGCCCCUUUGCCGGCUCCUGAUUUGCAUUGCCCGGUCGCGCUCGCUGCUGCCGCCGCCGCCGGCCGCUCUGGCCGCGGCGGCCGCCGCCUCCGCCACCUCACCCGCUGGCGGCCAGGCCACGGCCCCGGUGUCGCCGGAGGGCAUUGGCCCACCCGGUGGCGCCCUGCCCGCCGGGGGGCCGAGCAUGACACCGGCCGCCGGCCAGGGGCAGCCAUCUGCCACGGCAUCUGCCGCAGCCGCCGCCGCCGCCGCCGCCGCAGCCGCCGCCGCCGCCGCCGCCGCCAUGCCGGACCAGGGGCAAAUCCUGCGUGAUGGCUUCUGUCUGGGCACCCGACGCGUUACCUCGCGUAAGCCCUGGCGCACAUUCCUCCAAGUGCCGGCCGGGGUGUCCGUGGCCCAUGUGUACAUCCGCGUGUCGCAUCCAUCUCAAAGCGAGGCCCCGGCCGCCAGGGGUUCACCCACCGGCGAGGCUGGGGCUGCCGCCGCCGCCGUCGGCCAUGCUGCCAGCCUCGGCGGGCGGAUCCCCUUUAUGGCUCGCGGCCGCCGGCUGCCCAGUGCCAGCUCCCUGGCCACGGCCCCGGUGGAGGCCUUCCUCCCGGCCGGCGGCCGGGGCCCAGGCACCGGCCGCUCGGGCGCCGGCCAGCAGCGAGCAACCCUCCUCGUGGCCGGCGGCUGUGCCGACGACUCGGACCACACGGUCUCGCAGCUGCACCGGCACCUGGUGUGUCUGGACGACUUGCCGACGUCGCCGCCGCUGGCCGCCACCGGCCCGGCCGUCGCCCCGGAGGCCCCGCUACGCUACGUGGCUCCGAUGCGCGUGACCGCCGGCUCCGUGUGGGAGCUAUGCAUUGCCCGCGCCACGCAGCACUCGAUGAAUGGCAUGAGCGGCCCGGACGCCGAUGCCUCUUCCUCUUCGCAGCCGCACCAGCCGCAGCCGCCAGCCGCCACACAGGACGAGGAGGGCGGCCCGGCGCCCGCCCAUGGCCGGCUCAGCCUCCUGCCCCCGUGCUACCUGAUCACAGCCGGGGUGGACAUCGAAUUGGUGGUCCGCUUCGGCGGAGCCCACCCCGAGUGGGACCAACCGACCCAUGGGCACCACAUGGGGUCGGCAGCAUUCAGCCUGACGGCCGGCCGGCUGCCGGCUCAGGGCUUCCGGCACCUGCGCAUCCGGGGGAUUGGCUGCGCGGACGCCAUCCUGCCUCGAGCAAGCCUCCACCAUGCGGCCUGGAUUUGUCACCCGGCAGAAUGGGAACUGGCGCGCCUGCCAGCCGGCCUGGACACACUGCCGGGCGGCACGGCCGGACACUCGCCCGCGCUGCCGGCCACCGCGCGGCAUGAUAUCUCGCCACGCGGCAUGUCCACGCCCGACAUGGCCCCCCUACCGCCACAGCAGCAGCAGCAGCACCACCACCACCACCACCAGCAACAGCAACAGCCACAUGGAGGGAGGCUCCAAACGUCGGGUGGCAACAUCUGGCGACUGACGCUGACCUACUUGCUGGAUCCCUGCCGGUCGCCGGCUCUCGAGCCCUGGCGGGAGAUCUCCCUGCCGGGCCUUGGCGGGCUGCUGUAUGAGGCCAUCCAAGCGACGGCCGAUGUCCCUGGCACCUCCACGGCGCACGGGCCCAAGGGCGGUGCGGCCGAAGGGCGUGCCCCCCCGGCGAUCGACCUGCUCCCGGGGAUUCGAAUGUCCGUCAGCGAUGCCGCCAGUGGCCUGCUCCUCUUCACCUGCUCGCCGGCCCAGCCGUGCAUCCUCAAAGUCCUGGGGCCGCCAACGCCGGCCAGCUCCCCCCCAGGGCCCGCCCCCCUGCUGGGGCUCCGGCCGGUGGGGGCCCUCCCCUAUGAGCUGGCCCACUGGCGCAUCCGCGUGGAGGUGGAGUCCUCCUCGCGGCGGAUCCUCCGCCAGCUGACGGACUUGCAUUUGCGCAUGGCCGCACCCUUGGCCCGGCCACUGCGGGUCGGGUGCUGGAACACCCCGACCGAGGCUCUCUUCUCCGGGAAGUCUGACGCCGGGGUCCCCCGUGCCUUCAAUGGCAACCGCCCAGUUCGCCUGCCCCAACCCUCGGCCUAUCAGUCCCUGUCGCAUCGGUCGAUUUCACUGUACCUGUCCCUGACGCACUUGCGCGGGGGCGCAAGCGGUCGCCCGGGCAGCAUGAAUGGCCAGGCCCGGGGGAACUCACGCGCUGGGCACAUGUCUCCGCGCGGCGGGGACCCAUCCGACACGGGGGCCGGCCCGGAUCCCGCCACCGCCCCGACCACUCUCGAGGCGCUGGCGGCCCAAUUGCCGGCAGGGUGCCAGCUACUUGGGGCCAUUCGGCUGGAUGUCUGCCCAUCGACCGUGGGGCAUGGCCAGCAGCGUGGCCCCGGGCCGGCGCGCACCCUGGCCGCCGAGGAGCAAUUCUCCCCCAACCUCGGCGCAUUGCCCUCCAGCAGCUCCGACAUCGAGCUCCCCAUGGCGGCCGGCGCCUUGGACCCGGGCCACUUGCCCAGCGGGGAUGAUGCCCCCCGCCGGCCGGCCGGAGGAGGCACGCCCCGGGCAUCACCAUCCUCGAGGUACUUCGACUUCUCGCACGACGACCUGGACGAGCGCUGGCAUGCGGCCGGGGCUCCAGCCAGUCAAAUCAGCUCGGCGCGCAUCCGCGGCAUCCAGCCCAUCCCCAUCUCCAUGUGCCUGGAUGAAGUCGCCCCCGCCGGCUGGGGCACAGGGGCCGCCGGCGUGGCCGGCCAAACCCCGACGCCGGGCUGGCUGCACGAGACGCUUGACGCCAUCGAGCCGGAGGGCCUUGCUGCCCGGCAGUUGGCCGGCCUCCUGGCCUCGGGCGAGGCCCCUAAUGUCGAGGAGGCCACGCAGCUGCUGGAGAUGUGGGCCUCGGCACGGCGGUGGCCUCCGGCCCCGGCGGGAGGCCCGCCCAAACCCCCCGGCCCGGCCGCCGACGCGGCGAUCCCCAUCCUCGAGCACAAGUUGAAUGCCCUGACACAGCGCAAAGCCUGGGCGGCCAUGGAGGACACCUCCCCCGGAGGGCUGGCCUUUGUGCUGGCCCUGCUGGCAGAUGGCCAACUGAGCGUGGCUCUGGCUCGGGGCCAGCCGGGCCGAGCGCUGGCCCUGGUGCGCCUGCUGCUGGUCCUGCACCACGCCUGCCAAGAGUCCCUGGCAUCGGCCGUCGUGGCCUUGGCACCGGCCAUUGGCGGGACCUUCGGACCGGCGGCCUCGGCCGAAGCGGCCGCCGCUCACAAACAACAGCACCAAGCGGCGGCCCCCGGGGGCGGCAUGCGCCGUCGUGGCACCGGCGAUGAUGGCGGUGGCCCUGCCUGGGAGGCACUCUUUUGCUGGCCCGCUCGACCGGUGAGUUGCCUGUUGGCCACGCGAGCCCGGCUGGUGGACCUGGCAUGCACAUCGCUGGGCCUCGGCCGUGACGACGCCGGGCCCGAUGCCAGCGGCCUCCGGCCUCCGCCACACACCGCCGGGACUGCUGUGCUGACCGACCAUCGAGCUCUGAGGCACAUGGUCCUCGCCCAGUCGCAGGCGGCCUGCUGCGGCGGCUGCCACGCUGCUCCGGCUGCAGGAUCCUGA